AUGAGCUCAGCGGACAUCUUCCUUGGCCUGCUGGCCCUCCUCUUCCCACCUCUGGCUGUCUGGGUUAAGCGCGGCAUCUGCUCUGCCGAUUCAGUCAUCAACAUUCUCCUCUGUGUUUUGGGCUAUAUCCCCGGCCUGAUUCAUGCCUGGUACAUCAUCGCCAAGUUCCCCGAACCCGACUACGAGUACGAGGUCCUCAACCAGGACGCCGAGAACAACGGCCGCGUCACCUAUGUUGUCGUGCACGGCAGCCGCCAGCACGGCAGCGGCCGCGGUACCAAUGCCAACAACCGCCACCACGUCACGACCAACGGCCCUGCGGAUGCCGACAGCAACGCCGUGCAGUCGGCUGCCCCCAAGAUCCAGGACAAUGUGAACUACGGCACGGCGUCGACGGGCAGCCCUGCUGCUGCGGCGGGCUCGUCCGCUCACGACAACGGCGGCGAGGGCGGCAGCGAUGCCCCGCCGCCGAGCUACGCCCAGGUUGUGGCCGGCGACAACAAGGUGCAGAGCCAGGAAUAG